UUUGUUUGGUUGUCUAUGGAGGGUGGUGGUGCAGGCCCUGCAGGAGCAGCUAAAGAUGCGACAGAAGAAUCGAUAACGGAAGAUGACAAGAGGAGAAACUAUGGAGGAGUAUAUGUUGGCCUGCCCACUGAAGCUGUUGAUAUGGUGUCCAAUCAAACAAAGACUGUACAAAAAAUUCUUUCAUCGAUUCAGAGGACCUCUGGCUCCAGCAACACUGUACCGUGCGCUGACAUUUCCGAGGAAAUUCUAAGCAGUUGCCUCCCACUUCCCCCCAGUCUGAAGGCCGUCAUUAAAGCCGUGGGCCCAGGUUCAGUGUUGCAGUGGAAGGAGACUGGUUGACGAUGCGCUGAUCUCUGACGCUGUCUGUGGUCUUGUGUGAAGGAGGAGCAACAUCUGUCCUGGACGGUGUGACGGCCAGCCUCGCUGCCGGCCCUCGUGCGCUCGCUGGCUGCUCAGCCCAGCUCAUGGCCUUGUCUUUCCCCGCAUACUCUUUUGAUAGUUUUUAUAUAACAGAAUCCUUGCUGUAUUUAUAACCUAAGGUAAUAGGGCACUAUAAAUGAAUUACCCAAAGUAAUAUAUUUGCCUCUUACCUUUCACUAUUUCUACUUCACAUUAAUUUUUAGCUGUAAAAUUGGUAACUGGAUUCUUACUACUAUCUCUUUCCCUUUUUUUUUACUAUUUGGUUUUCAAAUUUUAUUUAAAUGUGAGAGAAUUCCACUGUUAGGAACAACGUAUCACGCUGCAAUAUUUAAAAGUAAACCUGUGAAAUUUGAAGUUUGUAUACCCUAAACACAAUUGAUGAAAUCCCUGUUUUGUUUGGUCAGAGGCCUGUGUAGCUACAAAUACUCCAUAGCCAAUGAGUCUCAGUCUAUCUUGUGUAGUCCUGGCAUCUCCUCAUGUUAAUUCUGUACUAUUUUCAAGGACUUGCUAACUGUAAUCAUCUUACGACAGGUGAUUAGUGGGAUGUCUGGAAAGUUAUUUGAUAAUGACGUGUAUCUAUUUACUCUUGCAAUGUAAAUUACUCAGUUUACCAAUGUGUUUCAACAAAUAAACAUUUGUAUCCCUUCUUACCUGA